GGCCGCACUCUGCGCGUGCGUCUCGCCGCCCACGCGGCCGCCAUUCGCGUCACUCAACUGCCGCCUCUCGUGUCCAACGAAUUGUUGCAUUUGGCCUUUUCGUCGUUCGGAACCGUCGAGCGCGCCGUCGUGUCAGCCGACGACAGGGGUCGUUCGCUGAACGAAGGGAUCGUGGAGUUCGCGCGCAAGUCCUCCUCUCAGGCGGCGCUCAAGAAGUGUCAAAACGAAUGCCUUCUGCUGUCCGCCACUCCCAUUCCCGUCGUCGUGACGCCACUCGAGUCGCGCGACGAGGAGGAGGGCGUCCUCGAGAAGAGCGUUCUUCACGCCGCCGACUACCGCCUGGAGCGCGAACUCGGGCCGCGAUUCGCAGACCCGGGAUCCAUGGAGUGGGAAAUGGCGCGCAAAUGGAAGCAAUUGGCGGACAUCGAGGCCCAGAAGCGCGAGGCUAUGGAGUCGGAGUUCCGCGACCUUCGCGACGGUCUUCACCAACAAAUGGAGCUCUUGAAGGUGGAGGAGCGCACGCGUCAACUGCGGCAACAAUUGCGCCAAAUGGAGGGCGAGAGUCAGAAGUUGUGUCAGGAAAGGGAAUCGCGUUUAGAGGGAGAGCGCCGGCGGGAAGAGCAACGCCGCCAAACGGAGCUUCUGUUGCGUCAGCAGGAGGAGGCGCUUCUGAGACGCGCGAGUGACCAGGACAUCGGCCAAUUGCGGCGCCAGGAGUCCGAACUGCGCCAACAGGCCAACGCUCUGCAGCAACUGCUCGACCGCCAGGAGGCGGCGCUGCGCUCCAUGUCUGACGGCGGCGUUGGCGCAGUCGCACUUCAGCCGCAGUUGGAUCUGACGUCAUACCAGCAGAACAAUCAGUCGACUCUCGCGCAGUCAGGAAAUCAGUUCCUGUCGUCAAUGCGGCCGCAAAUGGCGCCGCAGAACGUCAUGCAGAGCGUGCAGCACAACCUCCCGCCCCAACACGCCGUUCCCCAACACGCGCCGCCUCCGCCCCCUCAGCAGCAGUGGCGCGGCGGCGGACAACAAAUGAAUCACUCGUUCAACAAAAGGAACCGAAGAUUUUGAAUUUGGCGCCAAAUCUCGCAUUUUUCUCAUUUUUUGGACAAAAACUGAUUUUAAUUCGUAUUUAAAUAAAAGCGAAAAAUGAAUAAAU